CGAGGAGGCACGGCUCCAGGCGCGUUUGCGCGCGUGCUCGCGCCGCGCCCUCUCGCGCGCGGCCCUCCGCGCGCCUCGCGGCGCGCUCCGCGGCGCCCGGCGCCCGCCGGCCGCCACUCGUCCUCGGCGGGCUCAUGGCUGCGCGGGUCGCCAGCGCCACGGUCGCGCAGGCAUCGCCUGUCGAGGAGGAUGCCGCCCAUGUGCCGAUCGAGGCAGGGGCCGCUCUGGCCCAGGAGCUGUCCAGGUGUCUGGCGCAGGCGCUCGCCGAAGAGAGGCGGGCGCUCCGCGUCGCGCUGGAGAGGAGCCACGAGGCGAGCCGGGACGCGCUGGACGAGGAGCUGGUCCGGAGGCAUGGUGCGUCGCGUCCCAGCUGCGUGCGUGUGCCAGGCCCAGCGCCUGCGCAGGGUUCCCGAGUGCCUCCCGGGCAUGCCAGUGGAGGGCGAACACGAUGACCAGGCGCACAGCCAGGAGGUGUCAGCCCCGACGGACUCCGCGGAGACGGACACCAGGGACGGGAAGGGCGAGAUGCGGCCAAGACUCACGCAGAGUCUGAAUCUGGUCC